UCAACGUGACGAAUAAAAUACCCACGCCCGUAUUGACCACGACACGCUACGAAGCCGCCUGCCGCCGACUCGGACCAAGCACCGUUCCCGCGCCGGUCGAGGCAGUUCAGACGCGAGACGCGCACCAGCCUGGCAGCCAGGCCAUGUGAUUGAUACCCUCGCCCGCCUAAUUUUGGUCGCCGGACUUGCCGGAGCCGCGGGCGGCGCGGCGGGAGCGAAGGCGGGGGAGAGGUAGGGAAAAAGAAAAAACAUGCGCGACCGCGUGCGUCUCGAGCGCGCCAGAGAGAGGGGGAGGCGUCGCGGAGGCUCUCGUCCGGCCCCGUCGGCUUCCGCUCGGCGCGCGAAUCUUCCGGACCCAUCCGGCGGAGCAACCCCGCCACCCAAUUCCGCCAUGCCUUUCUUCCCGCCAUGCCUUUCCGCCGGUGUAUAUAAACCCCGCCCCCCGCUCGCCUCCCUCCGUCGACCAACCGACCAUCCACCCACCUGAGCAAGCAAAGCGAGAUCCGAGGCGACCAGCGCGUCGAACCGAGCGGCAGCAGCGCAACCGCUAAACGAGGUUCCUCCGUUCGUCGGUCGCCAUGGACAAGUUGCUGGCCUUCUCGAUCCUCAGCGCGUCGCCGGCCGACAUCUCCGCCAGGGCCGGGGGGCGCUGGACGCGGCUGUCGUGGCGGGGCGGCGCGGACGAGCAGGGGCAGGGUCAGGCGCAGCAGCAGCAGCAGCGGGACAGGGAGGAGAAGCCCGCGGGGUCGCCGCCGCGCCCCCACGGCAGCAGCGGCGGCGGCAAGGCCUCGCUCCCGCGGUUCGCGCCAGAGUUCGACGGGAUCGACUGCUUCGAGACCAUCGUGUCGCACUAGCUCUCUCCCUCCCCGCGCGCGGAGUUGAGGUGCCGCCGGUAAUUAGCCGCGUGACCAUUCUUUUCGCCGUCCUGCGAGGCUGCUGCACAGCCUACGGCGGCGACGGUGAUUCGCCGAUCGAUCAUCCAUCGAUCGGCGCGUGUGUGUGCGUGCGUGUGUUGAAUUGUUGCUAUUUGUCUCGGCGAUCCGCUGCUGAUCGAGACCACGGGUUGUACAGGCAGACGUGUAUUACGUGUACAUGCAUUAACAGAGACGAUUUUAUUUUAUCGUAA